GGCUCCGGCGGCGGCGUGUGACGCCGCGCGUCUCCCUGGCUGCGGUGGGUGUGUGGUGACGGCCGGGGCGGGUCAGAAUGACUUCAACAAGCAAAGCCAUUGAAUUACAGUUACAAGUAAAACAAAAUGCAGAGGAAUUGCAAGAUUUCAUGAGGGAUUUAGAGCACUGGGAAAAUGACAUUAAACAAAAAGAUCUGGAACUAAGAAGGCAAAGUGGUGUUCCUGAAGAGAAUUUACCUCCUAUUCGAAAUGGGAAUUUUAGGAAAAAGAAGAAAGUCAAAGCUAAGGAUUCUUCCAAAAAAACCAAAGAGGAAAACACAAAAAACAGAAUAAAAUCUUAUGAUUAUGAUGCCUGGGCAAAACUUGAUGUGGACAGUAUCCUCGAUGAACUCGACAAAGAAGAUAGCACCCACGAUUCUGUGUCUCAAGAGUCAGAGUCAGAAGAUGACGGUGUUCGUGUGGAUUCCCAGAAGGCUCUCAUUUUAAAAGAAAAGGGCAAUAAAUACUUCAAACAAGGAAAAUAUGAUGAAGCUAUUGAAUGCUACACGAAAGGCAUGGAUGCUGACCCGUAUAAUCCUGUGUUGCCAACAAACAGAGCAUCAGCUUACUUUAGAUUGAAAAAAUUUGCUGUUGCUGAGUCUGACUGUAAUUUGGCAAUUGCCUUAAGUAGGACUUACACCAAAGCUUAUGCCAGACGAGGUGCUGCUCGGUUUGCUCUGCAGAAGUUAGAGGAGGCCAGAAAAGAUUAUGAAAAAGUAUUAGAACUGGAACCAGAUAACUUUGAAGCAACAAAUGAACUCAGGAAAAUUGAUCAGGCUUUAACAUCCAAAGAAAACUCAUGUCCCAAAGAAGCUGCUUCAGUGACUAAGCCAGCUGAAGGGGAGAAAAAACACCUUGAAGAACAGCAGAACAAGCAGAAGGCCAUUUCAGAGAAAGAUCUGGGGAAUGGAUUUUUCAAAGAGGGAAAAUAUGAGAGAGCAAUUGAAUGCUACACUAGAGGGAUAGCUGCUGAUGGUACCAAUGCCCUCCUUCCAGCUAACAGAGCCAUGGCCUACCUUAAGCUUGAGAAAUAUGAAGAAGCUGAAAGAGACUGCACACAAGCUAUCUCACUAGACGGCUCGUAUGCAAAGGCUUUUGCCAGAAGAGGAACUGCAAGAACAUUUUUGGGCAAGAUCGCUGAGGCCAAGCAAGACUUUGAAACUGUAUUACUUCUGGAACCUGGAAAUACUCAGGCCAUCACCGAACUUUCCAAAAUUAAAAAGGAAUUAAUUGAGAGAGGACAUUGGGAUGAAGUCUUUCUUGACUCUACACAAAGACACAAUGUGAUAAACGCUGUGGAUAAUCCACCUCACCGAGGGUUACCUAAAGCACUCAAGAAGAUUUUUAUUGAAGAAACUGGCAAGUUGAUAGAGACUGUUGAUUCGCCAGAUAGUACUGUCACUGCUCCCCAGAGUAAUCGAGCAAAUGCAACAGCAACAGUGGGCACCGAAAGCAAGAAUUCAAACCAGGGGGACGCCUUGCCUGCAGGUGAUACUCCAAGAGCCAAAGUGUUGAAAAUAGAAGAAAUCAAUGACACUUUGGUCCUACAACCACAGGCUGAUUUGAAGCGGGACCUGGGCCAGUCUUUCAGUGAGAAGACCUCUGUGAAGGUAGAGCAGACACCGGAUCAGUUUGCCACUGCUGUUCUGCCUCCAGUUCCUGCCAACUCCUUCCAGCUCGAGUCUGACUUCAGACAGCUGAGAAGUUCCCCAAAUAUGUUGUAUCAGUAUUUAAAGAAAAUCGAACCAUCUUUGUAUCCGAAGUUGUUUCAGAAAAACCUAGAUCCAGAUGUAUUCAAUCAAAUCAUUAAAAUUUUACAUGACUUUUACGUUGAGAAGGAAAAGCCAUCUCUCAUCUUUGAAAUCCUACAGAGGCUUUCUCAGCUGAAGAGGUUUGACAUGGCAGUGAUGUUCAUGUCAGCACCCGAGAGGAAGAUCACAGAUGCAUUAUUCAAUCACUUAGAAAAAUCAGAAUUGAAGGAUUCUCUUGAAGAACUCAAGAAAAGAUAUGGUGGCUGAUCAUGACUGCUGAGGUUGUCUUCGUCUUUUACGUAUACAUUAUUUUUCUCACUGAAAUCAAGUGUUUUGUUUGACUUUUAAAAAUGAAUGAAAUCAUACCUGAGAGGACUCUCAUCUCGAUGGUAUUAAUUCAUGUAAAGUGUACUAAUGAGAAAUGGUUCAAAAACACUUAAGUUUUUAUGAAAAUAAAAAAAUGUAAAUAAUGAGA